AUGAAGCCCAACGAGAUCACGGAGCUCGUCCUCGUCGGCGGUUCCACGCGUAUCCCCAAGGUGCAGAACAUGCUCUCGGCUGUCUUCGGCGGCAAGGAGCUCUCGAAGUCGAUCAACCCGGAUGAGGCCGUCGCGUACGGUGCCGCCGUCCAGGGUGCCAUCCUCUCGGGCAUCCGCAACGACGCCACGAACUCGCUCCUCCUCGUCGAUGUGACGCCGCUCUCGCUCGGUAUUGAGACGGUCGGCCGCGUCAUGUCGGUGCUCAUCAAGCGCAACACGGCCAUCCCGGUCAAGAAGACGCGCGUCUACACCACGGAGUCGGACUACCAGACGCAGGUGAACGUUGUCAUCUACGAAGGCGAGCGUGCCUGCGUGGACCACAACAACAAGCUCGGCGAGUUCACGAUCUCGGGCAUUGAGCGCGCCAAGCGCGGCGAGCCCCAGGUCGAGGUCACGUUCGAGAUUGAUGCCAACGGUAUCCUCAACGUGUCGGCCCGCGACAAGAAGACGAACGCCAAGGCCGAGACUACGAUCUCGAACAACCACGGCCGCCUGAGCCAGGCUGAUAUUGACCGCAUGGUCGAAGAGGCCGAGAAGUUCAAGAAGGAGGAUGCCGAGGCGCUCAAGAAGAUCGAGGCCCGCAACUCGCUUGAGGGCUUCAUCUACCGCGCGCUCGAGCUCACCCGCGAGAAGGGCGAUGCCGCCGCCGAGAACACGAUCCGUGAGGCCCGCGAGUGGCUCGAGGACCACGAGGAUGCCACGCUCCGCGAGUUGGAGGAGAAGAAGCGCGUCCUUGAGCGCCUUGUCCGUUAAACGGAUGGCGCUGGUCGUAGUUUAGUUUGUACUUAAAGUAGAUUUUGAGUUUCGCAUGCUAUUCUCACUUGGAGUGUCUUUUGCGUUUGAAAUGCAUGGAUUG